AUGUGCUUCAAGUGGCCAUGUAGUCUGCACUCCCUUGUGUCUCCUCGUUGGCUCUCCGACGAUGUGGUGGCUGAGAUGUGGACAAAUGAUCCAGAAUUCCUCUCCAUUCAAAAAGAAGAAGAUUUAAUCUUUUCAGAUUUUUUUCACCUCGCAACGCAGCUGGCUGAGCACCUACGCCCUCUGUCUCCGACUCUGGUGGGAAUUUUGUGGUCUCCCAGUUUAUAUACUCUUGUGGCAGUUCACGGGAUCCUCCUCUCAUCCUCAGCCUUUCUGCCUCUUUCUGAUCGCAACUGUUCGUCCGAAAUGCUUAAACUGUUCGGUGCGAUAGUCUGCCUCUCUACCAAGUCGAACGUUCCAGAUGAUUAUUUUAAAUGCAUUCAGACAUCUCCCUUCAAAGUUUUCACCCGAAGUGAUGGGAUUCUCCAGCGUUUGCCUCCCAGUGAUCUGGCCUACUGCAUAACGACAUCGGGAUCGACUGGCUCACCAAAGCUGGUUCUCACGGGUCACUCGUGUGCGUCAGCCAAUGUUGUAGAGCUGUGCACCCGUCUUCCGCUUGCAGCAAACACCUCGGGAGUCUUUAUUACCGCACCACUCACCUUCGACGCGUGUAUUAUUCAAUUCUAUCUCGGACUGGCUACCCACCGACGUGCCGUUCUCCCCUCUGCUUCUCUCCUUUUCGGCAUGGAGGGCAAACUUUUGGCACAAGUGAUCUCAUCGGCCAACAUAGACACCUGGCAGUGCACUCCUAGUGUCUUUGGUCGUCUGCCAUCAUCACCAGCAGGACUCAAACAUCUGUGGAUUUUCCUGGGUGGUGAGCCUUGCUCUCCAGCACGACUACCAAGGUGGGCGAAGGACUGGAAAUUCUUCUUCCUUUAUGGAUUGACUGAGGUCUCUGCCUGGAGCAGUAUCGUCGACGCCAAUAUGCUUGUGUCGGAAGAGCCUCCAAGAGUGGGUGCAACACCUCUCGGGGUUGCAAUGGCCCAUUCACAGAUCGUCCUCAAGGACAUUGAUAAGAAGACAGGCAUUGGUCAAGUGUACACUGCACGCGAGGGAGGUGGCUAUGCAACGAUCGAGGAACCAUUUACGACCGUCAGAUUGUCCGCAGCACUGCAACAAAUGCCAAAUGCAGGUCUUGUGGCAACUGGUGACUUUGCGACGACAUCUCCAGCUAGUCAGUCGCCGUUGUGGUUUCUCGGGCGAAAGGACCGGGUGGUCAAAGUGCAUGGAAGGAAGUGUCAUUUGGAGAGCUUGGAGACCGAAAUACUGGAACUGCUAACCAGUCGUGUAAAUGGGAGUCGUCAUCACGUGAUCAACUGUCGUUGUGAAGUUCAUCCACUUAGAGCCCAUGUUCAGCUGGAUGGAGACCUUUCUCCUAAGGAGGCUGAUGACAUAAGACAGUGGUUGCUGCAGCGGCUAACCUUCCCAAUUUCAUCGUGUAACUUGAUUCUCUCAAAUUCUCUCCUUAGUCUGAACGCUAAUGGCAAGGUGGUUGACAAAUCUGUGCGACUUGCUUGCCUCUCUUCAAUUGGACCUGUGGAUGAGAAUAAUGAGCAGCACUAUCGGCUCACUUUUCAACAGCUCGGCGGAUCCUCCUUGAAAGCAAUGCAUCUCGUUGAAAGCCUCACGAGUGAUUGGCCGUCCUUGAAAGUAAAGAAAGCGCUACUUCUAAGCACUCUCUUCAGUAGACCCUUUGCAGAAUUUAUUCAAGCAGCACAGGAGUCUGCCUUAACAGAUGUAGAGGGUGCCGGAGAGCUGCUCGUAUCUGGUGCAGAUACGCGAAAAAAAACACGGUCAGAUUGUAAAGUUGAUAUAGUGUGGAGUGCGGUGCUGGGAAAGUGUGUGGAUGCCUCGCCUGUAGUGGACGCCGCAAUGGAGAGUGUGUUUAUUGGAAGUCACGCAGGCGUUUUUAAGAGGUUGUGCCUUAGAACCGGGGAAGUCAUUUGGUCCCACGUAGUCGGAAGUCGUAUUGAGGCCACGGCGUGUCUGAUAGAUGAUCUAGUCGUAUUCGGUACCCUCGAUGGUAAUUUGCACGCGCUGAGAGCGGCAGAUGGCGUGUUGGCGUGGACGGUGGAGAUGGGUGGAGCAGUGAAGUCGUCACCAACUCUAGUGCCUAACUCCCAUCGAAUGCUCGCCGGCUCGCAUGGGCGGCGCGUCCUCGCAAUCGACGGUAGAGGCCACACAGUGUGGAUGGCAAACCUCGAUCGAUCGCCCAUCGUGGCUCCCAUCACCGUGGAUGGGAAAUCAGAAUUCGCUUUUGUCGGAACUCUUGGUGGUGGUACCACUGACUGGUCAGUGAGCGAGCUAGGGCCGAUAUUCGGUUCUCCAACCCUUUUGAGCGGUCUUGGACGAGUCGUCGUGACCACAGCAGACGGAGGAGUGUACUGCUUAUCAGAGUCUAGAGGAGAGCGAAUAUGGAUGACCACUGUCAUACCAAAGGGAGGUUUCUUCUCGCCUCCUGUUCCCUUACCCCACUACCCCCCAAUCCUGCUCUUGGCCAACCAAUCUGGCCACUUGCACGCUCUCGCGUCCACCGACGGGAGCGUGGCAUGGAGCGUCGACUGCGGUGGCGUGGAACGAGCUGCUGGAGCGCAUACCGCCUUCCUCACCACACCCCGUGUGGCCCUACCAAAGCAGCCGAAACAACCCCCACUGGUGGUAUUUGCUCGGACAGACGGGUGCUUGUUCGUCUGCAUGGGCCACGCCACAACCCCGCCCAUCCCACACGUCGUCCACAAACUCCCCUCGGAGACUUUCUCAGUUCCCCUUCCCCUUUACCUCGAACCCAGCCUGCUCUCUAUCUUGAUUGGAUGUAGGGACAACACUGUGACCCGACUAGAUAUUAACCUCAAGGAUAUAUUUGAAGUGGCUUAG